AUGCCAAUGGAUGAAUCAACAUCAGAGCUUAAGUUGCCAGGUUUCAGAUUUCAUCCUACUGAGGAAGAACUUCUCAGUUUCUACCUUAAAAACAUGGUCUCGGGGAAAAAAUUGUUCACCACUGAUAUCAUAGGCUAUCUUAAUAUUUACCAUCACGCUCCUUGGGAAUUGCCAGGGCUGGCGAAAAUUGGGGAAAGAGAAUGGUACUUCUUUGUUCCAAGGGACAAGAAACAUGGGAGUGGAGGGAGGCCAAACAGGACAACUAAAAAUGGGUUUUGGAAGGCAACAGGCUCUGAUCGGAAAAUACUAAGCAUUUCUGAUCCAAAAAGAAUGUUGGGUCUGAAAAAGACACUUGUGUUUUACGAGGGGAGAGCACCUCGAGGACAAAAGACUGAUUGGAUCAUGAAUGAAUAUCGAUUACCAGAUACAUGUGACAUCGUACUGUGUAAAAUUUAUAGGAAGGCAACCUCUCUGAAGAUGAUGGAGCAGAGGGCUGCUGCAAUGGAACCGCAACAAGUAAUGACAGUUCCAACACUGCCAUCCAUGGACUCCAUGUUGGAGGAAGAAUAUAGUGAUGCAUCCGAGGAAAGUUUAACCAAGAUUUCGACUAACAGUAUAACGUUGCCAAAUAGUCAAGAGAAAAUGGAACAUCUCCAAGUGCCCAAAUUGAGCAUGGACUGGAAUCAAGACUCUUUCUGGGCACAAUUUCGUAGCCCUUGGCUCGACAAUUUCACGCCUUUGGCCAAUUUGUUGAAUUUCUGA